GGCGGCGGCGGCGGGGCCGGGAGCGGGGCCGGGGCCGGCAGCGGGGCCCGCGGAGCCGGGAAAGCGGCGGCCCGCGGCCCGCGCAGCGAUGGGCGCCGGUGGAGGGUCGCCCGGGCAGGCCGCCUGCCUGCGGCAGAUCCUGCUGCUCCAGCUGGACCUGAUCGAGCAGCAGCAGCAGCAGCUGCAGGCCAAGGAGCGGCAGAUCGAGGAGCUCCGGGCCGAGCGCGACACGCUCCUGGCGCGGAUCGAGCGCAUGGAAAGGCGGGUGCAGCUGGUGAAGAAGGACAGUGAGCGGGAGAAGCACCGCAUCUUCCAGGGCUUUGAGGUGGAUGAGAAGCCAGAGGCAGAGGCAUGUGAGAAGCUGCCUCUGGAGUGUCCCCAGGACCUGCUGGAGCCACCCCCGACCCUGCAGCCCAAGCACUUCCCCUACGGCAGGAACGGGAAGGGGCAUAAAAGGAAGCCAACGUUUGGGAGCACGGAGAGGAAGACGCCUGUUAAAAAACUAGUGUCAGAGUUCUCCAAAGUGAAGAGUAAAACUCCAAAGCACUCCCCGGGGAAGGAGGAAUCGGGCGGCUCCUUGGCUGAAACUGUUUGUAAACGAGAACUGCGGAGCCAAGAGACUCCGGAAAAGCCCCGGUCGCUCCUGGAGACCCCGCUGAGAGCAUCAGCCCCGCCGAAGGGCCCCGGCACCCACCCCAAGGAGAAAGGCUUUGUCAGCGAGGCCGACGACCUGCCCUAUCUCUCCACCACAGAAAUGUACUUGUGCCGCUGGCACCAGCCGCCCCCAUCGCCGCUGCGGGAGCCUUCUCCCAAAAAGGAGGAGACUGUAGCAAUUCCGUCUUGGAGGGACCAUGUCGUGGAGCCCCUGAGAGACCCCAACCCCUCGGACCUCCUGGAGAACCUGGACGACAGCGUCUUUUCCAAACGGCACGCAAAGCUGGAGCUGGAUGAGAAACGAAGGAAAAGGUGGGACAUCCAGCGGAUCAGGGAACAGAGAAUCCUACAGCGGCUGCAGCUCCGAAUGUACAAAAGGAAAGGGAUUCAGGAGUCGGAACCUGAAGUUACCUCAUUUUUCCCUGAGCCAGAUGAUGUGGAAAGUUUGCUCAUCACCCCUUACCUGCCUGUCGUCGCCUUUGGCCGGCCCUUGCCCAAACUGACCCCACAGAACUUCGAGCUGCCCUGGCUGGAUGAGCGCAGCCGCUGCCGGCUGGAGGUGCAGAAGAAGCAGACGCCGCACCGGACCUGUCGGAAAUAAGGGAGAUGCUGGGAGCUCCAAACACCUCCAGGAGCUCCAAACACCUCCAGGAGCUCCGAAUGUCCUUGGGGUCUCUGAACACCUCCACGGCACCAGAAGCUCUGCCAUCACCGAGUCACCACCAGCUGCUGCCUGCUCCAUGCUGAUGGAUGGUUUCAUUCUUCUGUGAUCCCAGUUUUGUUCGUUUGGGUUUUGGAACGUUUCCCGGACUCAUCCCCCACACUGGCACCGGUUUCCCAGUGCCACCGGCCAGCAGCUCCACUCCCCGGGGCAGUGGGCGGAUCCCAGCCCCACCCUCGAGUCCCCCGUGUGCCGCCCCUGCGCUCUGCAGCCCGUGGCCUUGGGAUCUGGGGCUCCCACCGUGGGAGCACGGGGAUCACCAGCACCAGAUCCGGUGUCCAGGGGUGCCACAUCCCCUGGGACUCACCCGCUGCUGCCUUCAUGUUGUGUUUAGUUAGAAAGCAGGAGAAACAGCGGGUUGUGCUGGAGCUGGCUGGGACCUGGGAAGCGCCUGGGGUUCUCUUUUGGGAGGUUUUCCCUCAUUUUGGGGGUUUUCCUCUGUGGAGCAGGUUGGCGGGGGCAGAGGGGACAGUUAAAAAGAAAAUUUUUUUUUUUUUUUUGUGAAAUAGAAACCCUGUGCGCACAA